AGAGAGAGAGAGAGCAGCUCUUCAUAACACCGGCCCCCAGCGGCUCACAGAUAAAGCAGAAGAUGAUGCAGAUCUGUGAUCAUAAACUCAUAUUUCUCCUGCUCAUCAUGUCAGUGUUGGCAUGGGAGACGACGGAGAUCUCCACUUUCACUGGUCAUGAAGGAGGACAAGUUGAAAUACGCUGUCCUUAUGUGUCUAAAUAUGAAACAUAUGACAAAUAUUUCUGCAGAGGAGGGUGUCCAUCACUACUUAUUAAAGACAAAGUUGUUGAAUCUGGAUCUCCAGCUAAAGACGAGAGAUUCUCUCUGACCGAUAACAGAACGGCCCACAUCUUCACCGUCACCAUCACUGAUCUGAGAACAGCAGAUGAAGGCCAAUACUGGUGUGGUGUGAAGACAGGAUGGGGAAAUUAUGAUAACAAAACAGAGAUUCUUCUGGAAAUUAAACCAGUGUCUGUCGUGUAUGGAGUGACCGGACAUCAUCUGAACAUCUCCUGCCGUUAUAACAGAGACGUGAAGAACAAGAUCAAGUUCAUGUGCAAAGGAAGCGACCCGUCGAUCUGUGAGACGUCGGCUGUCAAAGUUUCCUCACAAACAAACAGUAACGGCAGAUUCUCUCUGAGGGAUGAUGAAUCUGCAGGAGUUUUUACUGUGACCGUCACUGAGCUGACACUAGAGGAUUCUGGGAUAUACUGGUGUGGAGCGAGAGGACUCAAGAACAAGUGGAUUUCAGCGACACAUCUGAAGAUUAAUAACUGCACACCAGCGAAGACGUCACCGAAACCAACCACAACAGCAACAGUUUACACCAGCAAACCAGCGGCUGAAGAGAGUGUAUCUACCACACCCGUCACAUCUGUGUUUCCUCUAUCGUCAUCAACAACUUCACCUUCAGUGUUACUGAACCAAUCCCCAUCUAAUAAUAAUGAGUCACCUCAACCAGGAUCAGGUUUUACCGUGUUCAUCAUGUUGGUGGUCAUAGGGAUCCUGACAUGCUUUGGAUUCUCACUGUUUAUGUACUUCAGAUUGAGACAAAAGAAAGAAGGAAAGCAGCCCAGAGAUGUCAACCAAGGCCCGCCUAAGCCUCUGCCCAACAGAGAUAUGAAACCAAACAGAGAAGUCACUAAUAGUGUCUCUGAUUAUGAUGAUAUCGGUAACACACUUGAUCAUCCUGACUACAGUUUGGUCACCCCUGUUUAUGCUUUAGCUCAAUUACCCAGCAGCCCCUCUGAUAAUCUCACCUACUCCACCAUCGAAUUUUCAUCUCAUCUGUCAGACAGGACUUCUGACGGGCAGGAUACUAGUGACUACGCCGUCGUUAGACCAUAAAACACUGUGGACAUUCAUGCAUGAACACUCAAACCUGAAUCACGCCUCACUUAAAUGGCAGCUAGUGGUGGAAACAGGUACUGCAGUCCAAGUCAUAAUAUGGAAGAUCGUGGUUUCUCCCACCGCCUGCUCCUCAGGCUCGACGACGCUCGCGGACUGCCAAUUUGAGCACACACAACAGGAACGCGCGCAAUGGACGAUUAAAAUUAGCAAAUUGUUAAUUAUUUUUGGAAAUAGGCUCAUUUGACAAUUUUACUCAUUUCAGCCGAUCUCCGGUUCUGGCGGUACCAC